UAUUGGAAUGCCUCAUUUCUAAUAAAAUUGAUACGAAAGCUAAGCACAACAGGGACAAAAUAGCCAUGGCACAAGUAGAACAGCCGAUUUUCAUACUUCCGAAAAAGCGGAAUGGCAAAAAAGCCAACGCAGUGGCUAGCCAUGUCGACCACGUAAUUGCGAUACAGGGUGUUCCGGACAAUACAUUUCCGGUGAAAUACACGAGCGGCCUAUCACCGGUGUCUGAACACACUGCGAACGGUGUCAUUCAUUCCACUAUGGAAGGCAUCAAAUCAAACAUGAAAAUACACUUACCCAUCAUCAAUGAUGAAAUUGAUGAGGAGCUUGAGUCAACUGAAACAGACGUUCAAAAGCAACCACAUAAGAAUGGCUACCAAGCCCUAUGUAACAUAAAUGGCAGCCGUGAAAUCAUAGACUUGUCACCAAUAUAUGAAAAUUCCUCAGAUGCGUGCUCAAGCCAUGGUGAUUUGAGAGAAACCAAUGAGUAUGAAUUACAAAAGAACUGCAAAAUCUUUAUUGGUGAGCAAUAUGAGAGUUCAUGCCCAACACCAAAUAGUCUGUCUCAAACACAGUCUGAAAACAGUUUUGAAAUGGGCCCGUUGACUGACAGCUUGAAAAACAGUGCAAAGAAGAAGAAAAAAGUGAAUAUUGUUGCCGGAGUCGUUGAAUAUGAGAACACAGCUGCAGAAAAUACUGCAUCAAAACUAGAAUCUGAAGGGCCAGUUACACCUGAAUGCUCCUUGACAGAAUUUAAAGAUGGCUACUUGACUAUGACUGGCACAAUUAAAAGAGGUAAGAAAAAAGGUCAGAAUGUAGACGUCAAACUCAACAUAUCUCGAGAAGAACUUGAAAUAAUUGAAGCUACCAUCGUAGCUGAAGAAUACAACAAGAUGGAUAUUUCAAAGUGCUCUAUUCGUAAUGGGCCUCAUGUGUUCUUGUUUACUCUUAUCUGCAUUCCGUUUGUGACAUGUAUCUCAGCUUUGUACUCAUUUUAUAUGGGGACCAUAACGUGGUAUAACAUAUUCACACAUAUAACUGAAAAUUUUAGUUGCAUUAAAAAAGUUGUAUUAGCUCCAUUGAUAAUUUUGUGUUAUCCAUUUUUGAUAGUGAUCUUCACCAUUGGCCUUGGAUUAUACGCAGGAAUCGUACAACUCACAUUCAGCGCCGGUAACUGGUGGAAGGAUGUAUGUGAUUUUGAGAAAGGCUACUAUGGUUGGCUCUGUAAUAUGUUAAGCCUGUCAGAGUGUAGUCCUUAUGAGGUUGUGGUCUUAAUGGACGUAAAACCAUAAUGAAUUUGUCUCUUACUUUUAUAUGACACUGCCAUGAAUAUAAAUUUAAUAUUGAUUAUUAAUGAGCUGUAUACCGUUUUGCUGACAACAAUAAUUCAAAGAAGCAUUUUAAUUAUAUAAUAAAAUGUAGUGUAUUUCCUCUGCUCAAUUGACAAGAAAAGUUAUGAAAUGCUACAUAUUUGAAAACCAGAAAUUGGUGUUCAUAGAAUUGUCUUAAUAAGGGAGCAUAUAAUAUUGUGAAGUGUUUGGAUUGUGUGUGUUAUAAGAGAUUGGGAACAAGGAGGAAAGUAGUACUUUUAUGGUAAAUUAAUUUGUAUUUUUAUAUUAAAUCUUGCUCAAGUUCUUCCAAAACAUUCCAUAUAACCUAGUCAGUCUAGUCAUUAGAAUAGUGAAUGAUUUUUUUGCCCUUUUUUACAAAUUGAGGAAUAUCACAAGUCUGUCAAU